AGAGACACUGUGUGUGAGCUGCUUGUUCUGCAGGCUUUGACUUCGUCUCCCAUCAUUCAUUUCACUCACUUGCUUGAAGCCACACAAGGGGAGCAUGACGAAUAAAGCAAAGAAACCACACCCCACCAUUGUAAAUUUAAUGGGUCAUAGCCGUCUGACACUGACACUCUUGACAUCUUCUAGUUACUAUAUUCCAAAUCUCACAAGAAUUCAACCCCAUGUUUUUUCCUUCUGGUUCAAGCCAAUAAGAGGAACAAGAAUCUGGGUAGUGUUAUUCUUUUGUUAUUUGGAAUUUGGUAUCUCAAAAGUUCUCAACUUUUCAAAAUGAGGGUCUAACUCUAAGGUGGAAAAAAAAGUCAAUUUCUUUGGCACUAUACUAUUUCCUCAAGUCAUCCUUGCAUUUUCUCAGCAGUUUUGUUAUACAAGAUGGAAAAAGUGGAAAAGAGGGAGUUUUCUGAAUUGCUGUCUGAGCUAAUAGUUUUGGCUGAUGAGGUUGCUUCUUCUGCUAAGAACUCUGAAAUUGAGGUUGAUGUUUUUGCUGAAUUUGCCAUGUUUGUUGAGAAAUUCCCACCAAUUUUGGAUGACUUGAGGGGCAAAAGCACAGUCUUGGACAAGCCAUCGAUUCGAAAAUCGUUGGAAUAUCUUGAGAAUGAGCUAAGGCGGGCUAAAGAUUUAACAAAAAGUUCCAAUUUGAGACAGCCCGUCAAGCAAAUUGAGGAUAUAACACACGAUAUUGGUCGGUCGCUGGGGCUUCUACUUGUAGCCAGCCAUGAAGUGUCAAUGGAUUUUAGAGAAAAGAUUGGUAUGUUGCAAAGACAGUUGAUGAAUGCAAGAUUUUAUGGCAAUUCGAGCAUAACUUCAAGUCCGAAAUCAGAGCUUUUCAGCAUUGACUUGAAGGGGAAUUGGGAAAUAGAAGAGGAAAUAGUUAAUGUUUCUAUUCAUGAUGUUGUUUUGCAACUUAAGAAUGGUAAUGAUGAAGAAUUUGCAGUUGCAUUUUCAAGACUGAAGGAGUUCUUGAGGAGUGAAAAGCUGGAUGGAGGUUUGAUUAACGAGAAAGCAACUAUUGCCAUUCUUUUCAAACGUCUAGGUUCAUGUAAAGCACACAACAGGCUUGCCAUCAUUCGAUUGCUAAGAAGUAUUGCUUUUGGAAAUGACGCACAAAAGGAAAAGAUGGCAGAUAUUGAGUUUUUGUCAGCAUUGGUGAAGUCUCUGACCAGAGAUUCAGAAGAGAGGAUGGAAGCUGUGGGGCUGUUGCUGGACCUCUCUGACCUUCCAGCAGUUCGAAGACGGAUUGGAAGAAUUCAAGGGUGCAUUGUUAUGUUAGUUGCCAUCCUUACUGGGGAUGACCAUGUUGCUUCACAUGACGCUGCAAAGUUGUUGGAUAUGUUGUCUAGUAAUACUCAAAACGCUCUUCAUAUGGCUGAGGCUGGCUACUUUGCGCCACUAGUGCAGUAUUUGAAGGAAGGGUCUGACAUGAACAAGAUCCUAAUGGCGACAGCACUUUCGCGAUUGGAGCUCACUGACCACAGCAAACUUGCCCUUGGAGAAGAUGGGGCGAUUGAGCCCCUUGUCAAAAUGUUUAGUACUGGGAAACUUGAGUCCAAGUUAUCAGCUCUAAAUGCACUACAAAAUCUGUCGAGCUUGACAGAAAAUGUGCAACGGUUGAUCAGAUCUGGAAUCACGGGAUCUCUGCUACAACUUCUUUUCUGUGUGACAUCUGUGCUCAUGACUCUGAGGGAGCCUGUAUCAGCUAUUCUUGCAAGGAUUGCUCAAUCAGAAUCCAUCCUUGUUAAUGAAGACGUGGCUCAACAGAUGUUUUCACUUUUGAAUCUUUCGAGCCCGGUAAUUCAAGGCCAUCUACUAGAAGCUCUAAAUAGCAUGGCUUCACAUCCCGGUGCAUCCAAAUUGAGAAGAAAAAUGAAGGAAAAAGGUGCACUUCAGUUACUCUUACCCUUUCUGAAGGAAAAUAACACCCAAAUCCGGAGCAAGGUCUUGCAGUUGCUGUACACACUCUCUAAAGAUCUAACCGAUGAAUUGACCGAAUAUCUCGAUGAAACUCAUCUUUUCAACAUUGUUAAUAUUGUCUCGUCAUCGACAUCCGAGAGUGAAAAAGCUUCUGCUGUUGGCAUACUCAAUAACCUUCCUGCUAGUGAUAGAAAAGUGACAGAUAUACUGAAGAGGGAAAAUUUGCUACCUAUUUUGAUAUCCAUCGCGUAUUCUAACGCUGGAAGUAAUUCUCCCACAACAACUAGUUUAACUGAGAGUGUUGCAGGUGUUUUACUCCGCUUCACAAGUUCCUUUGAUAAGAAACUACAACUUCUUUCAGCCGAACUCGGGGUGAUUCCUUUGCUUGUAAAAUUACUCUCAAGCGGUUCACCAAUCACGAAAUCAAGGGCUGCAAAAUCUCUAGCACAACUAUCACAGAAUUCUCUGUCUCUAAGGAAAUCUCGAAAGUCGAGAUGGAUAUGUGUUUCCCCCUCAGUGAAUGCAUAUUGUGAAGUUCAUGAUGGCUAUUGCUUUGUCAAUAGAACAUUUUGUUUAGUCAAGGCAGGUGCUGUUUCUCCACUCAUCCAAAUACUGGAAGAUAAGGAGAGAGAAGCAGUUGAAGCUGCUCUGAGUGCCCUUUCAACUCUUCUGCAAGAUGAAAUCUGGGAAGGUGGUGUCAAUUCCAUUGCCAAUUUUUCAGGUGUGCAGGCUAUUAUAAAAAGUCUAGAAGUUGGGGAUGCAAAGGUUCAAGAAAAAGCACUGUGGAUGCUGGAGAGAAUAUUCAGGGUUGAAGAACAUAGAGUGAAAUAUGGAGAAUCUGCUCAGAUGGUUCUUAUUGAUUUGGCCAAGAAGAGCAAUGAUUCUAGAUUGAAGUCAACAGUUGCAAAAGUAUUAGCAGAGCUGGAGCUCUUGCAAGCUCAAUCAAGUUACUUUUGAAACAAGCCAUUCUCUAUGAGCAAUAUUGUGGCAGUGAUUUUGUUUUGUGCUCCAUUCAUUUAUAAUAUUUCGGUGUACAUGCUUGUAUGUUAUCUUAUUUUGGAUGUGUUACUCUGCCAUUCUGGUGUAUGUAAUUUAUUAGAAUGGAAGGUGGUAAAAUAUCAAUUUGGAAUCACAUAAAGUAAAAUAAGUUUUAUUUUGAA